GGUUUUCAGUUUUUAAUUAUUAUUUUCUUGUGUUUUCGUUACAUAUAAUCAAAUACUGACUCAUUAUUAGACCACUCGUUGUAAUCAUAUGUUUUGUGGCGAUAAACCAAUUGACAAGUGAUUGGCAACUCAUAUAAUCUGUAGACUUAUUGUUUGUCUUAAGCCAUCAUCUGAUCCAUGGCCAUAUCCCUCACGAGAUUGAUGUCUAUCCGCAUGUGAUUAGCUGUGGUAGCCGUGGACACGAAGAUUCUCCUCAAGAAGUGGUUGAUCGCCAAUUGCUCAGAACCGGUAGAGCGCCGGCUGUUUGUGUGCGGACACAGAAAUCGACGAAAGCCUUGUAUAUAAGGCUGAAGACAGUGGUUGUGAGCGAUGUCUUCGUCGCAGACAUCAUCGGCCGCAUCGCAGGCACUGUUCGCCUGCACCCGAUGUAACUCAAGACAUCCAUUUGAAGAGCUAUCACAGGGACAGCAGUUGUGCAAAGAGUGUAGGGGUGCCUUUCCCAUAGUGAAGUGCACGUACUGUCGAACGGAGUUCCAACAGGAGAGCAAAUCCAUUCAAGCCAUCUGCAAGAAGUGCGAACUCAAUGUGAAAAACUUCGGCAAACCGUCGGCCUGUGAUUACUGUAAUAUAAUCGCGGCGUUCAUUGGCUCGAAAUGCCAGAGAUGUGCCAACUCUGAGAAGAAAUACGGACCGCCCCUGACAUGCGAACAGUGCAAACAGCGGUGCGCUUUCGACCGAAAGGACCCGGAGUCUCGCAAAAAGGUUGAGGGAAAGCUCCUGUGCUGGCUCUGCACCCUGUCCUACAAGCGGGCCCUCGCAAAGGCUAACCAACAGGAGAGCAAAUCCAUUCAAGCCAUCUGCAAGAAGUGCGAACUCAAUGUGAAAAACUUCGGCAAAGUAUGCCAUCAUUUAGUCGAUCAUUGCAUUCAAUGUCGAGGUUUACGUCCGUCGGCCUGUGAUUACUGUAAUAUAAUCGCGGCGUUCAUUGGCUCCAAAUGCCAGAGAUGUGCCAACUCUGAGAAGAAAUACGGACCGCCCCUCACAUGCGAACAGUGCAAACAGCGGUGCGCUUUCGACCGAAAGGACCCGGAGUCUCGCAAAAAGGUUGAGGGAAAGCUCCUGUGCUGGCUCUGCACCCUGUCCUACAAGCGGGCCCUCGCAAAGGCU